AGGAAUUCCCUACCCUUUUAAUGUCCCGCCCCUAUGACGGACCCAAUCGCAGGGCUCUCCCUCCCCGAAACCCCGCUCCCGGACCGGCGUGUCUCAGGUUUGCGCCACUCUAGGCUGAGGCGGCGGAUGACGCAACCGGGCCGCGCCGCGAGAAGGUCACACGGUUCUCCAACAUGGCGGCGGCGGCGGCGCUGCGGAGUGGCUGGUGCCGCUGUCCACGGAGAUGCCUCGGCAGUGGAAUCCAAUUCCUUUCCAGCCACAACCUACUCCACGGGUCGACCUAUCAGAUGCGCCGGCCGGGCGGAGAGCUGCCACUGUCCAGAUCAUAUUCUUCUGGAAACAGAAAAGGCUUUCUGUCCGGCUUGCUAGAUAAUGUCAAACAAGAAUUAGCCAAAAACAAAGAAAUGAAAGAAAGUAUAAAAAAAUUCCGUGACGAGGCCAGAAGGCUAGAAGAAUCAGACGUGCUCCAGGAGGCCAGAAGGAAAUACAAAACCAUCGAGUCAGAAACCAUGCGGACGAGCGAGGUGCUACGGAAGAAGCUUGGGGAGCUGACGGGCACCGUGAAGGAGAGCCUUCAUGAAGUCGGUAAAAGUGAUCUGGGCCGGAAAAUCAAGGAGGGUGUGGAAGAAGCAGCCAAGACAGCCAAGCAGUCAGCCGAGUCGGUAUCCAAAGGUGGGGAGAAGCUGGGCAGGACGGCGGCCUUCAGAGCCCUCUCCCAGGGGGUGGAGUCCGUGAAGAAGGAAAUUGACGACAGCGUCCUGGGGCAGACGGGGCCCUACCGGAGGCCCCAGCGACUCCGGAAGAGAACGGAGUUUGCGGGAGAGAAGUUCAAGGAGGAGAAAGUGUUUGAGCCAAAUGAGGAGGCCCUGGGGGUCGUGCUGCACAAGGACUCCAAGUGGUACCAGCAGUGGAAGGACUUCAAGGAGAACAACGUGGUGUUUAACCGGUUCUUCGAGAUGAAGAUGAAGUAUGAUGAAAGCGACAAUGCGUUCAUCCGGGCAUCCCGGGCCCUUACGGACAAGGUCACCGACUUGCUGGGGGGCCUGUUCUCCAAGACAGAGAUGUCGGAGGUGCUCACAGAGAUCCUCCGGGUGGACCCGGCCUUUGACAAGGACCGGUUUCUGAAGCAGUGCGAGAACGACAUCAUCCCCAAUGUCCUGGAGGCCAUGAUUUCUGGAGAGCUUGACAUUCUCAAAGACUGGUGCUAUGAAGCUACUUAUAGCCAGCUGGCCUACCCCAUCCAGCAGGCCAAGGCGCUGGGUCUCCAGUUCCAUUCUCGCAUCCUCGACAUUGACAACAUUGACCUGGCCAUGGGCAAGAUGAUGGAGCCGGGGCCGGUGCUCAUCAUCACCUUCCAGGCGCAGCUGGUGAUGGUGGUCCGGAACCCCAAAGGCGAGGUGGUGGAGGGUGACCCGGACAAGGUGCUGCGGAUGCUGUACGUGUGGGCGCUCUGCCGAGACCAGGACGAGCUCAACCCCUACGCGGCCUGGCGGCUCCUGGACAUCUCAGCCUCCAGCACCGAGCAGAUCCUCUGAGUGCGGUGCCACAGCCAGGGAGCCCUGGGCUGGGUCAUCAGGCACAGAGGCACCGGGACACCACCUGCAGCAACUCUAGACCUCUGGGAACAAGACUGUGGGCUCUGCCCCCAGCUCUGCCAGAAGAGCUGCAAGACCAGCUGGCCGGGGAGGGGACAGCGGGCUGCUGCGGGUACCUGGCAGCUGGAGAUACUCCCCCCAGGGCCGGCCCCUGCGCUGUUGCUCUGCCCUGCAGGGGUCCCGGUGCCUGGUCACCUGGGGUGCACACAGGCCACACAGUGCCAAGAGGCCCCAGGGCCCAGGGCCCAGGGACUCCUUCCACAGCAGGGUGGGACCCGGGACCCACUGCUCAGUGGCCCGCUGGCCACGUCAGCCAAGCCACUUUAGAUCCAUUUUUUAUUUUAACAGUGCUCUUCCAUUCUGUGCAUAAGCCUGAGACUUGGAAAGAAUAAAACACCGAAUUGCAGAAGAGCA